UACUAGUUUCGUAUUUUACGGUGCUUACUUCCGAUUUACUAGUUUGCGUUAGAUUUUAUUUGAUUUACAUUUAAAAUACAUUUGAUAUAUUGCAAACUAGAGUGAAGUGCAAUUGGUUUUGAUUGUUUAAGAAUUUUAUUAACACAUUGGAUGAUAUAUUUGUCGACAAAACAUCGUAAUUAACGCGGGAGACACUUGUUGCUAACCACGCUAUUGUGUGUCGCACCUUGUCAACAACCGUCCAUUAUCGAUAGAGAGCGGAACACACGUGCCUUACGGAAACAAAAUGUGUGCUGCAAUGGUGGACAGAAAUCCAGACUAUCCUUCUGCUGAUUACGGCCGCUCUAUGUACGACUCCCACCCACAGAAUGACUAUGGUCGCCCAUCAUAUGACUACAAUCAACCUUCCUACCAGCAGCGGGGACAGGACUAUGACCCACCCUCACAGUAUCAGAGAGCCCCAGACCCUCCCGUGAUAACCUCGGGGUUAGUCAGUUUAAGUGAUGAAAAAGCCAAAGAACGCAGGCAUAUGAUACAGAUGGAAAUGCGUAAAGAAUAUCAGGAUCACAUGCGGCGACAAAAGCCUGUGUAUUAUACCACAGGGAGCCCAGAGCAGGGACUUCCCAUAGGAAACUAUUCCCAGGCUCGCAAGGUUCUGGACACCGAACGACACCGAGACUACAAUAGAUUUAUGAAGGAGAAAGAGGAACAGGCCAACAGGCGGCGGGAUGAGGCUUUGUAUCGCCAAGAGGCCUCACCUCCCCGACAACCCAAUCAGACCGAAAUGUACGACCACAACCAGGUGUCUCAGCAACUCCGUGAAGAAAGACGGAAGGAGUACAACGAUUACUUGAAACAGAAGGAGAUUUUGGAGCAUGAGAACGCUAGGCGACCAGUAACCCCCCCUGGUGGGCUUGCUAUAGGUGGAUAUGAUGUGUAUCGCAAUCAACUUAAAGCCGAUAGAGUUCGUGAAUAUAGGGAGUCUUUGCUUAAGCAACAAAAUGAGCAAUGGUUACAGCGAGCUAAAGAAAUUCAGUUGGACAUCUCCCCCAGCCAUGAAGGCCACUUGGAGACUGAGCGCCCUCUAGUGGGCUCUCCGCGGAACGUAAUAAUCGAUUAUAAAAAACUUAAAGAAGAGCUCAAAGCAGAGCGUAAGAAUGAUUAUAAUCAACUCUUGGAACAGAAAGAGGCAAAUGGUACCCCUCGUGCCCCUCCCACCCCGCCUGUGGGCCUCAAUAUACCCACCGAGGCUGAGAGACACAAAAUUGCAGAACUCAGGAAGAAGCAGUAUCGAGAGGAGUUACUGAGGCAACAAAAAGAACAAAUUCUGAACCGAGCCCAGCACCAACUGGAAAUUCCAGUGAUUGACCGUCGCCAGCCGUACUCAGAUCCCCCUCCUCCCAACAACCCUCCCCAGGACCGCCCUCCCUCGGGGAGAUGGGACCCCGAGUCUUACAGACAAAGUGCUUUUGCUCCAGUGAAGAGAGUUACGUCCCCUCCACACCAGGCCAAUAUCGGCCAUGACGAUUACGGACAAUACCGCAGGCAGAAUGAACAUGACGUUCGAAACAAGGAAUAUAAUGACUUUUUAGCAAAGAAACAAUAUAUGGAGGAUGAGAAGAAGCAGAAGUUGGUGGAACAACGUCGUCAGGCUCCUGCACCGAUCGUCAAGGGCAAUUACUAUGACUCGGAACAGUACGACCUGAGACGUCAGGCACUGAACGAGCAGCAGCACAAAGACUAUCAGAAUUACCUCAGAGGCCAGCCUGCCACACCCCCCGAGGCAUACGGGCUUCCCAUAGGUCAACAUCAUUAUACCCCCAAACAAAAAUGGAUGGAACAACAAAGAAAUAUGGAAUACAACCAGUUGUUGAAGCUACAGGGUGGCCAUUUCAAACGAAUGUGGACCCCUAAAGGUUUCGUUACCAGCCUUCCUAUGAUUGAGAGUGAGCUCAAGUACAAAGAGUUUCUCAAAAUGCAAGAGAAACAGAGAAAUCAAGACUACAAUAUCCACCUCAAGCACAACCAUCAGCAUAAACGACCCCCAACACCAGACUCCCAGCAGGGGUUACCCCUCAGUCAGCGGCAAUAUGAUAGCAUGCGUAAAAUGCAAGAAAUACAGCGUAAUAAAGAAUACAACGCACUGCUGGCAAAGAAAGGUUUUGAGAAACAUCAGCCCCCAGAGACAAAUCGCCACCCAGAGUUUGGAAUGAAAAGCGAAUUCCAGGACCAGUUCCAGGAUCCCGUCGCUAUCCUGACAAACAGGAGCAAACACUCCUCUGAGUCUUACUUGAGUGAGAUAGACAAACAGGCUCGAUUUAAUCUGAAUUCACACAUACAGAUUGCACCCCAGGCUAUUUCCAGUGACAUUGGAAUGUCUAAUAAUGGGAAUCUCUCAUCCUCCGGAUGGAUGACAGAGACAAAAGAUGAGUACAGAAGUCCAUCCAUAAAAAGACCAGAAUUACUGCCGGACAGUCAGGAUGCAGCAGGCAGACAGUCCCAGAGGAAUGCGCCCCUGGGGUCCCUAAUCACCGGAGACAGGGUCGACUACCCCAGCAGUGCCGAUCUGAAAUUUAACCGAGAACGGCGCAAGGAGUACAAUGAAUACAUCAAGCCCCAAGAUCUACAGAACAUCCACAGGAAAAGAGAAGAGGCCAUAUCUAAGAUUGAGGCGGAGGGUAUAGAUCUGGACAAGGUCCGAAUCUUCCCCCAGGGGGAAUAUCAGGACAAGCAUAAACAGCUACAGGAAGAGUGGAAGAAAAACUUCCGCGAUUUCGCAGCUAAGAAGCAUGAAAUUGUCAAGAAAGAUCUAGAAGAACGAGAGAGAGUGCUGGCUGGUUAUUACGGCAAGGAGAUCGAUAAUCCCAUGAUCCUCCCAGCGGGGGAGUAUAAAGACAAACAACGGCACUUCCAGCAGCAGUGGCGGGACGAAUGUCGUGACUAUUACUCAGGGCAUCCAGUGGUUCUGAGGUCAAAAGAUAUUUGGAAAGCAGACGAUCUGGUCCACACGAUUCCGCAGUCAGGGGAAUACAAAGGUCGACGAGAGAGGCUGAACACCGAGCUCCGAAAGGAGUUCAAAGAAUAUCAGAGCCAGAAAACUCCCCCUAAAGAACGACCUAAAGACAAUGGAAAACAAGGGGCGGUCCUGUUUGACCCGGUGUAUAGUAAAGAGGUCAGAAGUAGAGUUCGGGAGGAGAGAUCCAAAGAUUUUCAGCACUUCCUGGAGAAACAGGAAGCUGAGCGAUUCAGGAAGCAGGAAAACACCCGCCCAGACAACCGCAUUGGAUUUAUGUCUCAUCUCGGAAAACCUGUUGAAGAGAUGAGGGAGAAACUCAAAAAGGAGCGACACGAGGAAUAUAACAAGUACCUUCAGAGUAAACAUAACUCACAGCAACAGCAGUGCCCUCUUGUGGAACGACCAAAGUGGGUGGACCCCCACAUAAUGGAAGAUAAUUGGCAGAGAGAAUCUGGAGGAUCUAGGUCAAGACCAACCAGUAACAAAUCUGUCCCAACCCCAUCAUAUGAAGAAAUGUUGGAGAAAAAGAGGAGAGAGGAAGCCUCCUACAGGCGUUACGAUGAUCCGGAAUAUUCCAGGUCUGGAGGGGAACGACGCAACCCAAACCAGUCACCUUACGAUGCUCCAUAUAGACGCUCCAAUCAGGACUGAGAUUAAUGUGCCGAUUUUAUGUACAGUGUAGACCAGAUAGAGCGGCAAAGCAUGCACAACUUUAAGUGAAUCCAUCCAGUAUUAUACCCCUAACACUAGUGUAGAUCUUAAUAUUAACCAACGGCAGUCAACCAAAGCUACUGUAUAUAUUGUAUAUAACCCAAUCACUACGAUCUGUGAUAGAUUUACCUCCCUUUAAACAGAAUCUGCUGAAAAACAAAAUGCCAAUUCUCUGUGUCGUCGGCACCUGUUCUACCGUUCUGUGAUAAGCCAUGUUUUGUGUGGAGCUUUAAUUCUAUGUUAUAUGUUAUACAUUAAUCAUGAUUUACUUGGAAUUCAAAUGAAAGUGCUACAGUUUUAUAUAUCAUAUUAAUUAACAUUAAUUACUUUUGUGUUUUAUGUGUGCCAUAAUCAUGGAAAUUUAUAAAAUGGAAAACUGUUUCUGUCAAAAUACACGACUUUUCAAAUAUUUUUUCAUUCAAACACUCUAUCAAUGCACCAUUUAUAUAAUUUAUUUUGUCAUAAAGGAAUAUUUAUGUUGAGCAAAUUAUUGUAUAAUUGUAUGAAAACAAUAUAUACUGCUGAGAAAGGACAAUUUCUUGUAUGUAUAUUCUGUAAUGAUCUGUUGAUGCUCUGCUGAAUGUAUUUAUGAAUUCAUUGAUGGUAAAGGACUUUGACGUGAUUUAGGAUUAUACGAGAAAAACGGGAAUGCUUUCUCCAUAGAAAUAAACUCACAAUAAACAGAGA